UUACCACAAACUUUAUCAAGAGAGCAGAGCAAAAAGUUCAGAUAAAAGCGAAGUUAGUGUAGUAAUAAUUCGUAAUAAAAAAUCGGUUUUUAUCCCUGCAAUCACUGAUGAUAUAUCUUUCAAUUUUUUACGAAACCGCAAAUGAUUUCUCAUUUUAUCUGAAUUUUUGUAAAUCAUGGUCAGUUCGCCAUCUAAUUCAGAAUCUUUAACCAAAAAACACAAAAAUAAAAAAUCGAAGAAACUUAAGAAAGAAAAAAAAUCUAAAAGUAAAUCGAAAUCUAUAAUAACAAGUGGAUUUUUACCACCGAUAAAUGUGGGCAGUUUAGCUUCCUUAAAAGAUCGUUACGAAAGCCUUUCCUCUGACGAUGGGGAAUAUAAUGACUUUAAAGAAAAGCGAAACUCAUACGACAAAGACUUAUCAGAUGUUUACAUUAAAAAGAAAAAGAAACAUAAAAGUGAUAGAAAACAUAAAAAAAUUAGUUCUAGAGUCGAGGUUCCUGUUGAAAUGCCAUUAAAAUAUAGUGGAUUUUCUGAAACAAGAUAUUAUGAAAGACGUAGAUCAAACACUUCCCCCGUAGAAUUUGGUGGAUAUCCUGAAAAAUUAAGGAAUGAUGCAGCAUAUAAUAGACGAAGUCCGAGGCAUCGAACAUCUCAAUCUAGAUAUAGCAGAAAAUCACAUGAUAAAUCGUUUUCUCCAUAUGAUAGACGAACUGCAUCUCCUUAUAACUCCGACUCGAUUAGCUAUAGAAGUGUUUCUCCUAGAUCUCCUCGUUAUUCUCCAUAUGGGACAUAUGGAUAUAAAUCGCCUUACAAUAGACGGUCUCCACAAAAUUAUAGAAAAAGAUCAAUUUCACCUACUAGUUCACGUUCAAGUCAAAAACUUAGUUCUUCAAAUUUUAAAAAAGCUAAACCUGAUUUACAAUCAUCACCAAAGUUACCAAUGCAAAGAAAAAGAAUUAGAACAGAUAAUGCUAAAUCUUCAAACAUUGUUAGUAAUUCUUAUUUACCAACGAAUAAUAGUAUAUAUUUACCACAAACAAAUAUAGUUCCUCCUACUACGCAAAUGAGUAUGAGUCAAUUUUUUAUGAGUCAAACUCAAAUAAAUAAAAGAGAUUCUCCACCUCCAGCUCCGCCAGCAGUGCCUCUAAAUGUAUUAGGGUGUCCACCUCCUCCUCCACUACAGUCUCCUCCUUCAGUACCUCCGCCGCCUUCAUCUGCACCACCUCCACCUUUACCAGAAGAUGGUAAAAAUCUUAAUGUGCCUCCGCUUCCACCACUUCCUUUACCUCCUAAUAUACCUGAUAUAGACAUGAUAGUUUCAUCACCAGAGUUACAAGAUGAAGUUGAAAAUUCUCAAAAUGUAACUGAUUCACAAAGCUCUUUAUCUAUAGAUACCACUUCUAAUUAUUCUACUCCUAAUUCAAUGCAUUUGUUUGGAAAAGAUUCUGAAUGGGGAGAAAGGUGUGUAGAUAUGUUUGAAAUUAUUACAAUUGUUGGUGAAGGAACUUAUGGUCAAGUGUUUAAAGCUAAAGACAAAUUAACAGGGGAGAUGGUAGCCUUGAAAAAGGUUCGUCUGGACAAAGAAAAAGAAGGUUUCCCUAUAACUGCUGUGAGAGAAAUAAAAAUUCUGCGACAACUUUCUCACCCAAGUAUUGUUAAUCUAAAAGAAAUUGUUACAGAUAAACAAAGUGCAUUAGACUUCAGAAAAGAUAAAGGCGAUUUUUAUUUGGUUUUCGAAUAUUGUGAUCAUGACUUGAUGGGAAUUUUAGAAUCGGGCUUUGUUCAAUUUACUACGGAACAUAUCAGCUCUAUGAUGAAGCAGUUGAUGGAAGGGCUUAAUUACUGUCAUGGAAAACAUUUUCUCCAUCGUGAUAUUAAAUGCUCAAACAUUCUUAUGAGUAACAGAGGUGAAAUAAAGUUGGCGGACUUUGGAUUAGCAAGAUUGUUUGAAUCUGAAAAUGAGGGGCGACAAUACACAAAUAGAGUUAUUACACUGUGGUAUCGCCCUCCAGAACUGCUAUUAGGUGAAGAAAGAUAUGGGCCUGCCAUUGAUGUUUGGAGUUGUGGAUGUAUUCUUGGUGAGUUAUUCAGAAGGAAGCCUUUGUUUCUUGGAAAUACAGAAAUUGUUCAGUUAGAUCUUAUUAGUCGUGUUUGCGGUACACCAACUCCUGCUGUAUGGCCCGAUGUCAUUCAUUUGCCACUUUACAAUACUUUUAAACUUAAAAAACAAUAUAAACGUAAAAUAAAAGAAGAGUAUGCUAGCUUGCCAAAAGAUGCUCUUGAUCUUCUGGACCAAAUGUUAGUACUUGAUCCUUCUAAACGAAUAACCUCUGAAGAAACAUUAAAACAUCCGUUUCUUAAAAACACUGUGCCGGAAAAAGUUGUUCCUCCAAAGUUUCCAGCAUGGCAAGACUGUCAUGAAAUGUGGAGUAAAGAAAGGAAAAGGCAGGCUAGAUUAGAUGCUCAAACUAAAGGAGUUGCGUGUAAGCCUGAAGAAAGUAUGGACUUUUUUAUGAAUAAUGAAAUGAAAAACGAUGGAUUACCAAUUAAUUCUGCUGUUGGUGAUCAGCUACCCCCUCCGCCUCCGCUUCCUUCUUUAAGUUCUGGCUGUCGUAAAAAUAAUUCACCAGCAGAGUCUCCAUCUGUUACUGCUAAUUCAUCUGUAAGUCCAAAUAAACCAAACGAUACAGAUAAGUUACAGAAUCCUCCGGUAAAAAAUGACAUUAAUAAUAUUAACUACCAACCAAUAGGAGGUUUUAUGCCUUCCGUUAAUUACUACUCUAGCUUAAAUACUACUCAGAACAAUACCAUUGAAACUUCCGAAAUAAACCUUAAAAAAACACGAAGAACGAGUGUACGUUCAGACAUACAGCUUAAUCAUUACACUAGUAAGCCUGUGAACUUUCGCAAGAGUGCAGGGAGUGAAGUUGUUUCAACGGCUAAUUAUGCGCUUUAAAUGUUUUGUGAAAUAUUUAAAUCACUUUUUUAUAAUUGAUAUUUGUCUAGGAGAAUCCGAACCUUUUCUUGAA